UUCACUUUGAAACACUUGAUGGCGCUGGACAUCGUAUCUGUAAAAACAGAUUUUAUUUCUCUUAUGUUGCUUGUUGCACAUAUCUGUUGCGGGGUAGUGUGAUUACUCUUUUAUAAUUUUUAUGAACGUUAGUACGUAACCAUAGAUCUUCAAAAAUGAGUCGAUUUUUCGCUAAUGGUUCAGAUUCUGAAUCUGAUAGCACAUCUGAAGAAGAGCAGGUUCAAAGAGUACCAACUACAGCAUUCACUUUUAGCGAUGAAGAGGAAGAAACAAAGCGUGUUGUACGUUCAACUAAGGAAAAAAGAUAUGAAGAAAUUGCUAAUCUUAUUAAACUCAUAAGAAACUAUAAAAAGAUCAAAGAUAUGAGUAGUAUGCUUUCUAGUUUUGAAGAUUUGAUGCGAGCUUAUCAAAAAGCUUUGCCUGUAAUAGCAAAAGAGGAAAGUGGUCAGACACCACGUUUUUAUAUUAGAUGUUUAGUAGAGAUGGAAGAUUUCAUCAAUGAAGUAUGGGAAGAUCGUGAAGGACGUAGAAAUAUGUCUAAAAACAAUUCUAAAUCGUUAACUUCUCUACGUCAAAAGCUUCGUAAAUACAAUAAAGACUUUGAAGAAGACAUUGGAAAAUUUAGAGAAAAUCCAGAUCAAGAUGAUGACGAAGAUGAUGAUAAAGGUGAAGAAGCUGUGGAAUCGGAAGAAGAAGAAGACAGUGCUCUUGUAUUCAAAAAGGGUAGUUCAGAAGUCAGUGAACCUGACAUAUCUAAAUUUAAGAAGAGUAUGGCUGAUGGUGAGGAUGGUAGUGAGAGUGAAACUGAUUGGGGCAGUGAUUCAGAGAGUGAAAGUACAAGUAGCGACGAUGAGGGUCAAUAUCAAAAUUACCGAGAACGAUUUAUUAAGAAAGCUGCAGACAAAGAAGAAGAUGAAGAUAAAGUAAAACGAAAAGAACAGAGAAAAGAACGUAAAGAAAAAGAACGGAAGAAGAAGAAAGAUGAAGAUGAUGGAGAAGGAGAAUGGGAGACAGUCAAGGGUGGUGUUGCUAUUCCUUCAGAAAAGCCAAAAAUGUUUGCAAAAGAUGCCGAAAUAAAUAUAUCUGCUGUUCUAAAGAAACUUUCCGAAGUAAUUGCAGCUCGUGGGAAAAAACGUACAGAUCGACGUGAACAAAUAGAAUUAUUACAUGAGCUACAGUCUAUUGCUGAUGCCCAUAAUCUUGGACCAGCAGUAGCGGUUAAAAUUAAAUUUUCCAUUGUUUCAUCUAUUUUUGAUUAUAAUCCCAAAGUAUCUGAUGCAAUGAAGCCGGAAUAUUGGUCUAAAAUAUUAGAGCGUAUAACAGAAAUGCUUGACAUGUUAUUGAGUACAUCAGAUAUGAUGAUCUCAGAAACUGUCUCAGAAGAUGCAGAAGAAUAUGAAAAUGCUCCAUAUAAAUUACAUGGUUGUGUUUUAACAUUGGUAGAAAGACUUGAUGAAGAAUUUACCAAACUAUUGAAAGAAUGUGAUCCACACAGCAAUGAAUAUGUAGAAAGAUUGAAGGACGAGAAACAAGUUGCAACAAUUAUAGACAAAGUUCAGGAAUAUCUUGAAAGGCAAGGAACUGUGUCAGAACUUUGUCGAGUUUAUUUACGUAAAAUUGAACACUUGUAUUAUAAGUUUGAUCCGAAUGUUCUUAAGCAAAAGGAGGGAGAACUUGAAUCGGAAGUAAUUACAUCAGUACAGGUGAUGGAGAAACUUUGCAGAUAUAUUUAUGCUCAUGAUAAUACUGAUAGGCUGAGGACACGAGCCAUUCUUUCACAUAUUUAUCAUCAUGCACAUCACGAUAAUUGGUUUCGUGCUAGAGAUCUUAUGUUAAUGUCACAUUUACAAGAAACGAUUCAACAUUCUGAUCCAGCUACUCAGAUAUUACAUAAUCGUACAAUGGCACAUCUAGGAUUGUGUGCCUUUCGUCAUGCAAAUAUUAAAGAUGCACAUAACUGUCUCGUUGAUCUUAUGGUGACUGGAAAAGUGAAGGAACUUUUAGCACAAGGUUUGCUUCCACAACGACAGCAUGAACGAAGCAAGGAACAAGAAAAAAUAGAAAAGCAAAGACAAAUGCCAUUUCAUAUGCAUAUUAACUUAGAACUUUUAGAAUGUGUUUAUCUUGUCUCUGCAAUGCUUAUUGAAAUUCCUUAUAUGGCUGCACAUGAGUUUGAUGCAAGAAGGAGAAUGAUAUCAAAAACUUUUUAUCAACAAUUAAGAUCAAGCGAACGCCAAUCAUUGGUUGGACCACCAGAAUCUAUGAGAGAACAUGUUGUUGCAGCAGCAAAAGCAAUGCGUAAUGGAAAUUGGUCUGCCUGCAAUAAUUUUAUCAUUAAUGAGAAAAUGAAUGCAAAAGUUUGGGAUUUAUUUUAUCAGGCUGAUAAAGUACGCACAAUGCUUACAAGAUUAAUAAAAGAGGAAUCAUUGAGAACUUAUUUAUUUACAUAUUCACAUGUUUAUGAUUCUAUUUCAAUGCCUAAACUCGCAGAAAUGUUCGAAUUAAAACGAUCAGUUGCUCAUUCCAUUAUUAGUAAGAUGAUUAUUAACGAAGAGUUAAUGGCUUCUUUGGAUGAUCCAACAGAAACUGUAGUAAUGCAUCGAAGUGAACCUAGUCGUUUACAAUCACUUGCAUUACAACUUAGUGACAAAGUAAAUAAUUUCGUAGAUUCUAAUGAACGUAUUUUUGAAAUGAAACAAGGCAACUUCUUUUCGAGAGGGAAUCAAGGAAACUUUCGUGAUCGCCAAAAUUAUAAUCGACAAGGACAAGAUUGGGGAAGACAGAGACGCGAUCGUGAUCGUGAUCGUAAUCGGGAAGAAAACCGAAAUUAUUGAAAUAAUGAAUAAUACAAAAAAAAAUAAAAAUAAAU